UGCACUGCGGUCAAAGGCCUUACCUCACACUUAGCGGCAAAAUUGCGUAUGUAAGAAAUUAUUGAUUAUUUAAAAUGUAUAGCGAUGAUGUUCUUGGUGAAGAUGGACGGACAGCUUUCAAUGCUUGUGUUAGGGUUAAAGUGUUAAGAAAUCCAAAUCCACUUGAAUUACCUCAAUACAGUCGGGAAGAUGCUCUUAAACGAGUGCAGAAUUGUUAUGGUAGCCCGCUUCCACAAGGACUUGAUACGUGGCGCUUGUAUGAUCCGCUCGUGCUCUAUGAUCAAAGGAAUGAUCACCAACUCAAUAUUUCCAAACUGAAGAGAACGUACAGCAUUGCUGAUAUUGCUGGGGCUCUUUCUGACUUCGAUGAAAAGUUUUACGUAGAAAGAGACCCAGAAGAUGGACCAGAUGCGGAGCAAAUAAAGGCGAAAAUCAAAGAAAGAAGAGCCGCAGUCUCAAGGGAGUUGAAAGAAUUCGAAGACCCCAACAAUCGACGGAAAUAUUCCUGGAUUGUCGCUCAGCGAAGAGUAAGAGAUUGCUUUGCUGGGAAAUUUGCAGGAGAUUCAGACAUACUUAGUCACAGGGUUGGACUAAAGGUUUAUUACACUAUGUCUGACAUUUAUGAAGCCUACAUGGACAUUGAUCGCAAAAAGCAGCUCACCAAAUAUGCACAAGACGAAGGUCCUGGCUCGAAAGAAUUGAAAGAUUUGAUCGAUAAAAACACUGAAAGUAUGCGCAGUGAGUACCACAAACAUCCACAACAAAAAUAUCCCCGUGGAGUGGCUGAACGUAUGUUGAGGAACUGUUUUGCAGGUACCCUUCCAAUAGACACUGUCAUUUUACCCCCGAGGGAAGGUGCAGACAAUUGCUAAAUUUGAUAACAAGAAGCUCAUUGACAAGUACCCAAAACAAAACGGACAUAGAGAUCUAGAAAAGAAAAACGAGGUUGAUAAACAAAGAGCCGACAUUAGGAAUGAAUUUGAAGCAGCCACCAAACCUGAAAUUGAACAUGGAACUGGAUUUAUCAUCGCUGGAGUUACCAACGAUGAUUAUCAUAUUAUUACCAAUAAACACGUGGUUGAAACUUUUCUUGAAAAUAGUGGUAAAGGUAAUUGUGAAAUCCAUAUUUGUAAUGAAGUCAUUGGUAAUGUAGUCAUUGAUGAUGUAGAUGAUGAUAACCUGAAUGAUUUAGCUCUCCUGCAUUGUUCCAAGCUUAACUCAGUAGAGAAUAGUAAAAUACAUCCAUUGGAAUUGUUCCCAGAGUCAUUGAAAACAGGUCAGCCAGUCUUUUGCUUUGGCUAUCCUAUUCAUCACCAUGGAAACACAGCUCUUUUUGUGAAUGGCAGUGUCUCAGGACACCAGGAAAGAAUGUCUGGUGGUCCUUUAGUGAUGCUACAUUGCUCGCUUAGCUCUGGGUGCUCAGGUGGCCCAGUUAUGUGUAGAGUUAAGAAUCAAUUACAGGUUCUUGGGAUGGUUAAAGAGAAGCACAUUAAAGACAUCUUGACUCAAAAGGAACAAGAAAAGCUUUCUAGGGAUCGAGAUACUGUUUCAGGUGGUGCUGAAGUUGCUAAGAUUGUAUUAAAACUUAAUGAAGCCUUGACAGGAACACAUUCACCAUUCAAUUUUGUUAAUGUUAUACCUGCAGAAAAGGUGAUUCAGUUUUUACACUCUCUAAAAAUGGCAUAUAACAAUGAAAACCAAGCAAUACUUAAUAAGUCUAAUUUUGAUCAGAGCCAAGCCUUGUGAAACUUUGGCCUUUUUCAAUAGAUGGUUGAAAUUUUAAGUGUUUAUACCAAGAGUAUAUUGACAGGUAUUUAGCAGCUGAAGUUAGUUACUGGUACCCUGGGAAAUAAAGUUUGUUGCUUCCAAUAUCACCAGUACAUAAUUACAAUUGUUGUUUACUAAUUCUGACAUAAUUAUUUUAAAAUAAGUCAAGAAAUAGCACUGUAAGUAAUGCUUAGCAUUUGCAUUGUAUUGAAAUGUGAAGAAGUUUAGUAUUGUAAGUAAUGUUGGUAUUGCAAAAAAGUUUUUAAGCGUUAUAGAUUAAAAAUUUUUUAAUUUUA